CAGAGGAAGGAAGCAGAUAAAAAAAAUGAGAGAGAGAACAAAGAAAUCGCGACCAAGACGAACAAACUGUGGAGACAGCUUCACUUUUGGGGCUGUGGAAAGAACUUCCAGGGUGUAUCAGUCGCUGGAAUAACAGGGAGCAGGCUGCACUGCUGCAAAGGGUUUGCAAAAGGAGCAAAUAAUCUUGUGGCUGCUGCCCAUGCCGAAGGGAAAAAGGGAUCCUGUGAGCAAGAGCGAAGAGGAAACUGCCUGCCGGAGACUGCAACAUUUCAGUAGCAAAGUGUGCUCCAAAGUUCCCUCCAGGAUCCCCUGGGCUGCAGCUCUUGGUGGGGAGAACCCCCAGCCGGGAAGGUUGCCCUAGCUCUCACCCCCUGCCCCUCCCACGCAUGCUUUGGGAUUAUAGGUCAUUUUUGAACAAACAACAAAACUAGCGGAUUUCAGAGUGAAAUUCCGGAGGAAAUUUAAAGAGCAUCCGGAUCCGGAGAAAGAGAGAGAGAGAAAGAGGAAGGAAAAAAUAAAUAAAAACGUGGAGUGAAUCUAAGGCAACCAAAGAAGGGACGAGGAGAAAGAAACUGACACAGACGUGGAGAUGGGGAAAUGAAUCACUGAGGAGGCCAAACCAAGAUCUAGGAAGCUGCUGGAAGACUGAUGCAUACUAACUUCACUACCUAAUAGUCUGUCCAACCGUUACUAACCAAUGUCAACAACUAGGGAGCAGCCGAUCUUCAGCACUCGAGCCCACGUUUUUCAGAUCGACCCGGCCACGAAGCGGAACUGGAUCCCUGCCAGCAAACAUGCCCUGACCGUCUCCUUCUUCUACGAUGCCACGCGCAACGUGUACCGGAUCAUCAGCGUGGGAGGCACCAAGGCCAUCAUCAACAGUACCAUCACCCCCAACAUGACCUUCACAAAAACCUCCCAGAAGUUCGGACAAUGGGCGGACAGCCGAGCCAACACAGUGUACGGGCUGGGCUUUGCCUCAGAGCAGCACCUCUCCCAGUUUGCGGAGAAGUUCCAGGAGGUGAAAGAAGCAGCCCGUUUGGCGAGGGAAAAAUCGCAGGAUAAAACGGAGCUGACCAAUCCAGCCCUGAACAUCACGUCUCACCAGGUGCUGCCAAGCACCGUCAUCAGCUCCAAUGGGCCAGGAGACGAUAAGCUGUUCCGGAGCCAGAGCGCCGACGUCGAGAUAACAACGGAGAAGGAGCGACUGAAGAAGAUGCUCUCCGAAGGCUCAGUGCCCGAGGUCCAGUGGGAAGCUGAAUUCUUCACCCUCCAGGACAACAACAACAAGCUGGUGGCUGCCCUGCAGGAAGCCAACGCCAGCGUGGAGCAGUGGAAGAAGCAGCUGGCCGCGUACCAGGAGGAGACGGAGACGCUGCGGCUGCGGGUGGCUGAACUGGAGCUGCAGAAAGCCCACGAUUCCUCCAGCGAGGGCAGCAAGGAGGAGCUGAACCAGACGCUGGAGGAGCUGGAGCUGUUGAUCAAGGCUAAAGACGAGGAAAUUCAGCAGCUGAAGAGGCAGAAGAGUGGCCACUGGGAGGCGGAGGGGGAGCGCGAGGAAAUGCUGCGGAAGCUGCAGGAGCUGGAGGGACGCAACGCGGAGCUGGAGCGACGUUUGCACGUGGCUGAGCAAACACUGGCCGAGCAGCUGGCCGAGAGGGAGAAGAUGCAGGGCGAAGUCACCAAGGUGGGCGAGCUAAUGGAUGUGAAGAUAUUUGAGCUCAGCGAGCUCCGGCAGGGACUUGCCAAGCUGGUGGAAAGCAACUGAGCAGCCCUGGCCACAGAGACGCCUUCCAGGAGGGGCAGAGCCUGGCUGAGGACGGUUACAAACUGCAGCAGGAAUUGGGACCUGGGCGGGGUCCAGCCACAAACCAGCAGAUGCCUGCAACUGACUGUGGAGACUGGCCAGAGACGCCUGAUGUGCAUUGAGGGCAGACAUGGCGCCCGUGGGCAGCUGAACUCGGGGGGGUUUCCGCCCAAGGAGUGUCCAUGAGUCACGUCCAGGCCUCUCUGGAUCCUGACCAGUGUCGGCGUGGCCCGCGGGUGGCAGGGUCUCCAUGCUGCUCAGUGACGCUGUUCUCCUGGCCUCACUCACUAACGCAUUUCCCUGACACGUUUACAGAACGAAACACUCCUUUUCUAGGGAUGGGGCUCACCUGCCCGCCCAUUUUUCAGUAGUUUUUCUAGGGAACCGCUUGCUUCUUUGAACCAACCUGCCUGGCUCCAGGAAGAGACGACCCAUCGCACCACGGGCGGUAGCUGCUCCUUCUCCCCCUUCCCCACCGUACUCACAUCCCAUCUUUUGAAUAGACUCUGAUCACCAUUUAUUCACGGUCAGGGGCUUCCAGAACCCCCAUGGGCAGGGUCAGCUCCUCACCUGGCCCCAUUCCCUUGUGGCUGCCCAGUCCCAGCCUCCAGAGGGGAAGAAGUUGCAGGAUUUCACGACGUUUUCUAUUUGAAGGCAGUGGGUUUUCUUACUUCUCAAAGCUGCUUUAAGCUGGGAGGAGCAGGCAGAGCUGGGGAGGGGACUAGGCUUUGAGAAACGGGAUAGCUUGGGGGGUGACCAGCCAGCCGUGGAGCUGGCAUCUGUCCAGGCUCCAAGGGCUGCCGCUCCCCUGAGUUAAAUGCAGCAAAUCCCAGUAGCUCUUGUUGCCUCUUGGGAAGCGCUGUCCAGGGAGACAGCAGGCCCCAUGAGCCGCAUGGCCUCUGUAGGGUGCAGGCCCCCAUGCUAUGCUCCACCUUGAGCUGCGCGUCUGGAUGCAGCUAGGGCGUUGGCUGUUUGGAGCGCGUUGGGCCUGGGCUCCCUAGGGGCUGUGGGACGUUUGUGGGUCCUUAUGGGUGUUGUCGAGUAAUGUAAAUCCAACAAGGCCUGUAGGGAGAGGGGCAGUCACACUCCCCCACCCAGGCCCUGGGGAGCCCAGUAGUUGCCUAGUAGCAUGCUUAGCCCGGUGUCUAAUGAGGAAGCAGUGUGUGUAGACGGAGCCGGUCGCCCAGCAGGACCAGGGCCGGGUCUGUUUUUUACGUUUCUCCUUGCUGCCGUAGGUGCAGUGUAGACAGACGUAGUAACUGGAGAAUGUUUCCAGGGAUUGUAGAGACGCUGCAGAAUCUGCCUAAAACUCCAGCAACCCCGGCGGCCGAGUCCUGCCUUCUGCCCACAGGGUCAGACCCUCCGUCUGCCUGUACCUGGGUGAAAAGCGUAACUCACCUGGGGCCGAGCUGCCUCUCGCUCGCGCCCCCGGCCCGAGAGGUGAUUGCUCUGAUUUUCAGUGGAUCUGCCAUUGCCCCGGACCGCCUCAGGGCUCCCUGGAACCCCAGCCCCUGCUUACGCCUGGGUAACUGAGCCUAAGGGCAGGAGCAGGCGCCGGGGAGAUCCUGAAGGAGUGGAGCUGUGAUGUCAGGGUUACAGAGCUUGUGUCUAGGUUAGGCCGGCCCCCUCCCUCCCGCCCUCCCUUUCAAAGCUUAGGAGUUGUGGGGAAAUGUAGAUUUCUGAACCUGCACAGCCAAGAGAACUUUUUUGCAUGAGCUGCUCCCACGCCUGUGUGGGGGCUAGAACUAGCUGUAGCGUGUGCUGCCCGCAGGGUGUUCUCUGUGUGUGUGUGGGGGGGGGGGG